CGCUCCGCUGUGCUGUAGCCACUGAGCGACGUGUCAACUUUCCCUGAACCACGUAUAAAUCUCACGACGAACCAUAUUUCUCCACUUUAGGAGUGCUUUUCCCACUGCAAACCACCCGCAAACCAGUCAACGAGAAUGGCCCCCAAGCAGAGGAUGAAGAUUGCCAACGAGAAGGCGGAAAAGUACAUCACGAUGCGAGGAAAUGUGCCCAAAAGUUCUAAGAACAAGGAGGAGCAGUACGCCGUGGGGCCGUGGCUGCUGGGGCUCUUCAUCUUCGUGGUGUGCGGCUCGGCCAUCUUCCAGAUCAUCCAGUCCAUCCGGGUGGCGUGAGCGCGCCCCCGUCGCCCAGCCGCCGCCCCCAGACUGACCACAGACGCGCGUCCUCAGGCCUUCCGCGGGACGACAUUUCUUCGCAAGGACAAACAAGGAAAUUCGAUGUUAUCUGUGCAAUUUUUCUCUCUUGGUUCUUCUCAAUUCAUUCCCAUCAAAUGUAAUCUUGUUUGUAUUUUGUACAUUAUUCAGGUGAAAAAUUGUGUGUCUUCGGAUGAAUAACAAGAAUAAAUCCACAAUUUGAUUUGCAAAACAA